AUGACUCUUCAAUAUGAUCCCGAAUUUGCUAGCCUAGCAGGCCCUGCGCUGCAGCAACUGGCCCAAACACCGAGACCCGCCGUGCACGACAUUGCAACCAGAAGGGCCAUGAUGGAAGCCAUGACAAAUGAGAAUUUCGAACUACCGAAUAAUGUCGAGAAAAUUACUCAUCACGUCCCUGCACCAGACGGUCACCAGGUGACGGUUUACCACUUUCGACUCAGGCGCGAGAUUCGAGAAGCAAGAGAGCCGGCAAUUGUUCACAUCCACGGCGGCGGAUUUAUCGCUCUGAGCGCAGCGCAAACUUCGGAACCCUUAGCUAUCGCAACAGCACGCACUGGCGUGCAGAUUUUCACUGUGGAUUAUCGUCUGGCACCGGAGCACCCGUAUCCUGUGCCACUCGACGACUGCUGGGCGGCGCUACAAUGGGUUUACGAGCAUACGGGACAGCUCUCAGUCGACCCCUCUCGUAUUGCCGUUAUGGGGGAAAGCGCUGGAGGAGGUCUGGCCGUAGCCCUGGCCCUCAAGGCGCGGGACCAUACCCUUACGCCGCCGUUGGCAAAGCAAAUAUUGAUGUAUCCCAUGCUGGAUGAUCGCACAGCCACCAACCACGCCGGUGAUCUGGCAUUCUGGACAUUGGACGAUAAUAUCACUGGAUGGACCGCCUAUCUAGGAUCGGACGUAGGCACAAACAAAGUGGUGCCUUAUGCCGCUCCUGCUCGGGUUCAGAGUGUGGAAGGACUGCCUCCGCUGUACUUUGACUGUCCGCAGUUGGAUAUUUUUGUCCAUGAGGGAGUUGAGUAUGUGCAUCGAUUCGUCACCGCCAACAUCCCAACGGAGUGCCAUAUCUAUCCGGGACUGCCUCAUGGCUUUGAGGCACUGGCUCCCUCGGCUAGUAUCACGAGUCUAGUAGUAGGCAACCGUCAUAAAGCAAUGUCGAGUUUCUAG